AGCUCCAGAACAGCUCGCUCUGAGGAAGAUCGAGACUCACUGUGGGAUGCCUGGGGUUCGUGGAGUGAAUGUUCACGCACUUGUGGAGGAGGCGCUUCAUAUUCAUUGAGACGUUGCCUGAGCAGCAAGACCUGUGAAGGGCGAAACAUCCGAUACAGGACAUGCAGCAAUGUGGAUUGUCCUCCAGAAGCAGGUGAUUUUCGCGCCCAGCAGUGCUCUGCUCAUAAUGACGUCAAGUACCAGGGACAAUUUUAUGAAUGGCUUCCUGUCUCUAAUGAUCCUGACAAUCCAUGUUCACUAAAGUGCCAGGCCAAAGGGACGACUCUGAUUGUAGAACUGGCGCCUAAGGUCCUAGAUGGCACCCGAUGCUACACUGAAUCGCUGGAUAUGUGCAUCAGUGGCUUGUGCCAAAUUGUUGGCUGUGACCGCCAGCUGGGAAGCGCUGUCAAGGAAGAUAACUGUGGGGUCUGCAAUGGUGAUGGGUCCACCUGCCGGCUUGUUCGAGGCCAGUAUAAGUCCCAGCUCUCGGCAAAUAAACUGGAAGACACAGUGGUUGCUAUUCCGUAUGGAAGCAGACAUGUUCGCCUUGUGCUCAAAGGACCCGAUCAUUUAUAUUUGGAAACCAAGACUCUCCAAGGUGUGAAGGGUGAAAACAGCCUCAGCUCUACAGGCUCCUUCCUCAUGGACAAUUCUAGUAUCGACUUCCAGAAGUUUCCUGACAAGGAGAUUCUGAGAAUAUCCGGGCCUCUCACUGCAGACUUCACUGUCAAGAUCCGUUAUGCUGGUGAAGCUGACAGUUCCGUUCAGUUUAUCUUCUACCAGCCAAUCAUUCACCGUUGGAGGGAAACUGAUUUUUUUCCUUGUUCAGCAUCCUGUGGAGGAGGUUAUCAGCUGACAUCUGCUGAAUGUUUUGAUCUGAGAAGCAACCGGGUAGUAGCUGAUCAAUACUGUCACUAUUAUCCUGAAAAUAUCAAGCCAAAGCCAAAACUUCAGGAGUGUAACCUGGAUCCUUGUCCUGCAAGUGAUGGAUACAAGCAGAUCAUGCCCUAUGACCUCUACCAUCCCCUUCCUCGGUGGGAAAGUACGCCCUGGACUGCCUGUUCGUCCUCCUGUGGAGGGGGUAUUCAAAGCCGCAGUGUCUCCUGUGUGGAGGAAGACAUUCAAGGGCAUAUCAGCCCUGUGGAAGAGUGGAAGUGCAUGUACACUCCAAAGAUGCCUGUUGUCCAGCCUUGCAAUAUAUUUGACUGCCCAAAGUGGCUUGCUCAGGAAUGGUCUCCGUGCACAGUGACGUGUGGACAGGGGCUCAGAUACCGUGUGGUUCUUUGCAUUGAUCACAGAGGGAUGCAUACAGGAGGCUGUAGCCCUAAAACAAAGCCACAUAUAAAAGAGGAAUGCAUCAUACCCACUCCUUGCUACAAACCCAAAGAGAAAAUUCCCGUGGAAGCAAAGUUGCCAUGGUAUAAGCAGGCUCAGGAGCUGGAAGAAGGAGCAGUGGUGUCUGAAGAACCAUCCUUUAUUCCUGAGGCUUGGUCCGCCUGUAGCGUCACCUGUGGAGUGGGCAGCCAGAUUCGGCUGGUGAAAUGCCAAGUGCUCCUGUCUUUCUCUCAGUCUGUGGCUGACUUGCCCAUUGAUGAAUGUGAAGGUCCCAAACCUGUGUCUCAGCGAGCCUGCUACAGUGGUCCCUGCAGCGGGGAGGCAACUGAGUAUAAUCCAGAGGAAACGGACCUGAUGUAUGGCAGUUUGCAGGAGUUUGAUGAGCUUUAUGACUGGGAAUAUGAGGGUUUUACGCAGUGCUCAGAGUCCUGUGGAGGAGGUGUCCAGGAGGCUGUGGUGACCUGCCUGAACAAACAAACCAGAGAGAUUGUGGAUGAGAUGUUGUGUAUAACCAGUCGCCGUCCGCCGCAGCUACUGAAAGCCUGUAACCUGGAGCCAUGCCCACCAAGGUGGGAGAUUGGGAAGUGGAGCACCUGCAGUCUUACUUGUGGUGUUGGUCUGCAGACAAGGGAUGUCGUCUGUUCUCACUUACUAUCAAGAGAAACUAAUGAGACCGUGAUUUUGGCAGAUGAAUUGUGCUAUAAACCCAAGCCACCCCUUGUGCAGGCAUGCAAUCGCUUUGACUGCCCACCAUCCUGGUAUCUCAUGGAGUGGCAAGAGUGUUCACAGACGUGUGGAGGUGGUGUCCAGAAACGCGAUACGUACUGCAAGCAGCAUCUAGCAGAUGGAAGCAUUUUAGAGCUUCCAGAGACCUUCUGCUCUGCUCCAAGGCCACUUUCCCAACAAGCCUGCAAAACUGAGGAUUGUCCCAAUGAGUGGCUUCUCUCUGACUGGACACAGUGUUCAGUGAGCUGUGGAGAGGGCACCCAGACUCGAAAUGCCAUCUGCAGAAAGAUGCUGAAAACUGGUGGUUCCAUCAUCAUCAAUUCCUCCCUGUGUCCACCUUUGCCAUUCUCAUCCUUGAUCAGGCCCUGUACCCCAGCUCCUUGCACAAGGCACAACAGACCAGCUCAUAAGCAAGGCCCCCAUAUUAUGGCUGUAAAGAAAAUUUACAUCCAGACAAGGAAGCAGAAGAAGCUACACUUUGUUGUGGGUGGGUAUGCUUACCUACUGCCCAAGACCUCUGUUGUUCUCCGAUGCCCAACAAGGAGGUUCCGGAAAUCAAUGAUCACUUGGGAGAAGGAUGACAGAAGACUCCUCAGCUCAGCUCACAUCACCAUUGCACCCUAUGGUUAUAUGAAAAUUCAUCGUCUGAAGCCUUCAGACACUGGGACAUACACCUGUACAGCAGGGCCAGCCCGAGAGUAUUUUACAAUUAAACUCAUUGGAAGCAACAAGAAGCUCAUUGCUGGGCAACCCACUGGCAUUAAGGAGGAAGAGGCUAUGAGAAAGUUCAGUGUAAAUGAAGCCUUGCGAACACAGGAGAAACAUCUCAAUGGGAUUCUCUUCAACGGGAGCAAGGCUGAAAAGCGAGGACAUCUUGCUGACCCCAGCAGCUGGUAUGAUGAUAUUGUCUCAAGGCUGCUACAGCACAGGGGCUGGCCAGGGGAAAAUCUGGAGUCCUGGGAAGCCCAGGAGUCUACAGAGAGAAAUGCAUCCUCAGAAGAGGACCGGAGCCAGGAGUACAGCCUCCCAUUCACUAUGGUCACUGAGCAGAAACGGUUGGAUGAUAUCAUAAGGAAUUUGUCUCAGCAGCCCGAGGAGCUUAAAGAUGUCUACACCGAGCAGCUUGUUCUACAGCUGGCUCAUGACAUUUUCAAGAGCCACUUGGAGCAUCAGGAAUCUGUCCUUAAAGCACCAAGGCGAAGAGUUGAUUUGACCUCUGUAGAGUAUCCUUUCCACAAACACGUUUCCGGUUUUGCCAGCUCCCUGAGGACUUCGUCUGCAGAAGCACUUCUUCCCACCUCUGUGGACCUAGCAAAUGGCUCACGCAGACCUGCUCGAAAGCCUGCUAUCCUCCGAAAAAUUUCAGCAGCACAACAGCUCUCUGCUUCAGAGGUUGUCACCCACCUGGGACAAACGGUGGUCCUAGCCAGUGGAACACUGAGUGUGCUGCUUCACUGCGAAGCAGUGGGGAACCCUAAGCCCACCAUCAGCUGGGCAAAGAAUGGAGAGGAGGUGAAAUACAAUGAUAGGUUGCUACUCCAGCCAGAUGACUCCUUGCAGAUUUUAGCACCUGUGGAAGCUGAUGUGGGUUUCUAUGCUUGCAAUGCAUCCAAUGCCCUGGGAUCCGACUCUGUCUCCAUUGCAGUGACUCUAGCAGGAAAGCCACUGAUAAAGGCGUCAAGAGCUACUGUGAUCAACACUGAAUUGCCUGCUGUCACCGUUGAUAUUGGAAGCACAGUGAAAACCAUCAAGAGAGCAAACGUUACCAUUAGCUGCCAGGUUGCAGGUGUUCCUGAAGCAGAAGUUACCUGGUUUAAGAACAAAGUGAAGCUAUUCUCUGCUCACCACUUGCAUGAUGGAUCACUGCUGAUUGCAAAUGUGUCGCUGUCAGACCAGGGGCUAUACUCCUGCAAGGCAGCCAAUCCUCGUGGGGAGGUAACUGAAAGCACUGAGCUGCUGGUUCUUGAACCUCCACAAGCCGUUCCUCACCUGGAAGACUUGACAGCAGUGCUCUCAACCUCUGGGACCACUGUCCCCUCAGUCCUGACUUCUCCUUCAGGAACAAAAAUGACCGUCAGUCCUGGGAGCUCUGUCUUUAUAGGCUGUGCUGUGGAUGGUCACCCAACUCCAAACAUCACCUGGCUUUUUGCUGGUGAGCCUCUGAAUGUGCAGCAUCACAUCCUGGCAGCAGGUCACAUUCUUCAGGUACUCAACAUCAGUGAUGCCCUGCAAGGUGAAUUCAGUUGCCUUGCGGAGAAUGAGGCUGGCUCACUCACACAGAAGACCUCCCUGGCAAUACAAGAGUACCACUGGUCAGCGGACAAGCUGACGGCUUGUUCGGCAUCCUGCGGCCACAGAGGGGUGCAGCUGCCCCAGCUGAGGUGCUUGCUGGACGGGACCGAAGUCAACGCAUCGCACUGCAAGGAGAAGCCCCAGCCAGUCCUGCAACCCAUCCCCUGUAACAGGAGAGACUGCCCUUCACGAUGGAUGGUAACAUCAUGGUCUUCUUGCACACGGAGUUGUGGUGGGGGCAUCCAGACUCGACGAGUGACAUGUCAGCGACUCACAGCUAAAGGCAAUUCUGUCCCAAUGUCAAAUGAUGCUUGUGCCCAGGGAUCCAAACAUCCUGUGGAUACUCAAAGCUGCAACAGGCAGCCCUGUGUUGAGUGGGUGGCCUCCUCUUGGGGUCAGUGUAAUGGGCCUUGCAUUGGACCUCGACUGUCUGUACAACACAGACAGAUAUUUUGCCAGACCAAAGAUGGGAUUUUGGUGUCCUCUGAUCAGUGCAGUGCCUUGCCAAGGCCCCUAAGCACACAGAACUGCUGGACCGAGGUGUGCGGCGUGCACUGGCGGGUCAGCCUGUGGACGGUGUGCACGGCAACGUGUGGGAAUUACGGCUUCCAGUCGCGGCGCGUGGAGUGCGUGCACAUCCACACCAACAAGCCCGUGCUGGAGCACUACUGCUCCUGGAGACCCCGGCCUGCAAACUGGCAGCGCUGCAACAUCGCGCCCUGCGAAAACAUGGAGUGCAGAGACACCACAAGAUAUUGUGAGAAAGUGAAGCAGCUCAAGCUCUGCCAGCUCACCCAGUUCAAGUCACGUUGCUGUGGGACUUGUGGAAAAGCUUGAAGGCAAAAGAAACGGGGGGAAGAAGGGGAUCAAAGCCUUUGCUUUGCUGUGGCAAGGACUUUUACAAGAAAAUACAAAGGGGAUGGAAUUCAUUUUUUUUUUCAUUUUAUUUAUUUAUUUCCCUUAAAAAAAAGAAAAAGAAACAUUUUACAAAGUCAUUGUUAUAAAGGGACUUGACAAGUUUCCCAUCAAUAAAUCUGGGAGACAGAAUGUAGCAAAAUACAGUCAUGGUUGUAGAUCAGGA